AUGUCAUUUGGCACUGUAGAUAAAAACAGCUUUGAUUUGAUUGUGAAAAUAAUACUUGAACACACAGUUGUUAUUUUGAAGGCUCUAUUUAUGUCUAGAGGGCCACAGAAAAUGCUGUAGAGGGCCGGAUUGGCCCCUGGGCGUCGAGUUUGACACACAGAUGCAGCAUCAACUCUUCUCUCUGGCCUUCACGUUUCUCCUUGAACUCUUUCGACGUUACGCUUGUGUCUCCUUUGACUGCACAAAGAUUCACUCUCACAACAAUAGAAAGAUCCUGCAGCUUCUCAGACAAUUCUGUCGAUUAAUCAAUUGUUCUGAUGAUUAAUCGAUUAAUCGUAUAAAAAUGGCACAUUCUGCAUAUUUUGUCAUUUACAUUUUAUUGCCUAAAAUGCAGUAUCAUAGCAUUUCUUUAAGGGAUGCUUGAUCCUGGAUGCAUCUGCAGCUAAAAAUACUAACAUCAACAUGUGAAAAGCUACAACAGCGUACGCCUUAGUAGAAAGCUCACCCUGUCUGCUUGACAGAAUACAGUGCAGCGCUGAUCUAUUGGUUAUUUAUAGGGAUUUUUCUUUUUUGAUCACAGAAAUUAGGUGAAGCUAACACUGCUACUAGAGGACUUCUGGGUAGAACAUAUUUACAAAAAACUUUUUAUCUUAAAUCCAAAAUGUAUGCAUUUCAUGUAGCGUUCAGGUUUAAUCUCUGCUCUGAGUGAGUUAUUCUUCCACCAUUGGCCUUCAUAGGACUGAAUACUCCAGUUAACGAUUAGUCGAUUACUAAAUUAGCUGCCAAUUAUUGAAAUAAUAUAUUAAUCACAAUUAAUCUGAUUAAUCAAUUAAUUCAUAGUCGGUUUUCUUUUCUUGUGACCUCUGGUCAUGAUGUUGGCGCUCUAACAAGGCCCUCAGAAGCUUUGGAAGAGGAAAAGGUCCACAGAAUCACAUAAUACUCCAGUUAACGAUUAAUUGAUUGCUAAAUUAGUUGACAAUUAAACUGAUUAAUCGUUUCAGCCCUCGUUGCUUGCAGUUUGGGUGAAGGCAGCAUUAUGCCUGGGCUCAUGGUGCCUGUGCCUGCAGGAAGCAUGGGUCGGUUGGCAGACCCCACCCUCAACGCCUCCGCUUGGCCCCGCCCCUCUGUGAACGCCUCAUCCCAGUAUCCAAUCAGAGCGUACAGCACUGCCGAGUUGAUCCUGGUUGUCAUGGUAUCCGUCUCCCUGAGCAUUCUAACCGUUGUCGGGAACAUGCUGGUCAUUCUAUCCAUCAAGGUGAACCGAAACCUGCAGACCGUCAACAACUACUUCCUGUUGAGCCUGGCGGCCGCCGACUUGUUUAUCGGCCUGCUGUCCAUGAACGUGUACACGAUGUACCGACUGCGGGGCCGUUGGCCGCUGGGGGCUGCGCUCUGCGACACCUGGCUCGUCCUGGACUACGUGGUGAGCAACGCCUCGGUGCUGAACCUGCUGCUCAUCAGUUUGGACCGCUACCUGUGCACAACAUGGCCGCUCAGCUACCCGGUGCAGCGGACGGGCCGCGUGGCGGGCCUGAUGAUCGGCUGCGCCUGGCUGCUGUCAUUCCUGCUUUGGACGCCCGCCAUCUUGUGCUGGCAGAGCGUCGGCGGACGGCGGGUGAUCCCGGACGGACACUGCUACAUCCAGCUCCUGGCGAGCCCGGCCGUCACGCUGGGCACCACGCUGCCGUCCUUCUAUCUGCCGGCGCUCGUCAUGAUCGGGUUGUACAGCCGGUUGUCGGCCGCCAGCCGCCGCAGGCUGACUUGUCGUCAGGCGGAGCAGGGGACGCCCAAGAUGGCGGAUCCGCCGGUGAAAGGCUUCACCUGGAAACGAAGCAUCUGGAUGGCCAGCAACCUGGGUUCGGAUCUGUCUCUGAACCAGCGGGGAAGUCCGGCGAACUGCAAACGCCUGCCGGUCUCCCGAACCUCCUCAUGUGCAGCGGGAGACGAAGACGCCUUAUCGAUCACCGACCUCCACGGCUCGGCCUCCGCGGCGCUGUCCUCCUGCCCCAGCUUCCGGUCCCAGGAGCGGAGGAGGCGCCGGGUGAUGGCGCGGGAGAGGAGGCUGACCAGCACCCUCCUCGCCAUCUUGUUGGCCUUCAUCAUCACCUGGACGCCCUACAACGUCAUGGCGGUCAUCGCCGCCUUUUGUCACAUCCGAAUCCCCGACGCGCUGUGGACUACGGGCUACUGGCUGUGCUACGUCAACAGCACCAUCAACCCCUGCUGCUACUCGCUGUGCAACGUCACGUUCCGGAAGACCUUCUGCUGCCUGCUGAGCUGCCGCACCUGGAAGCUGCACUAACGCUGAAACAGGUGGGCAUCCGUCAGGUGUUUACCAUGGCGUCAGAUAGAAGAUGGAGUUAACUUCCGCCAAAUAACUCAGAAAUUGUCCAAAAGUUUUAAAUUUUCUACUUUUGAAACUCAGAAAUGUAAAUGUUUGUCUAGAAAAUUUCUCUGAGAUUAAUCUCAAAGUUUCAGAAUUGUAAAUUCUGUGUAAAUUUGCAUCAUGUAUUUACCACAGUAUAUUAGAUAGGAAAAAAUUUGUAAAUUUUCUUCAAAGUACUCAAUUGUCCAAAAGUCUAAUUAUUUUUUUUUACUUAUUUAGAGAAUUUUUGACUUUUAAAACUCAUUAAUGUAAAUUUUUUUUCUGUAAAAUUUCUGAGAUUAAUGUGAAAAUUUGAGGGGGGGGGGGUUUCAAGCAAAUUUUCAACUUCCAAACUAAGAAAUUUCCCCUUUUUCUCUAGAAAAUUUGUGAGGUAAAUCUCAGUUUCAAAUUUCUAACAAAUUAGCAACUUUUCAAAUUCAGAGUUCCAAGUUUGUUUGUUUUUCCAAGAAAAUUUCUGGGAAUUUCAAGAAUCUUUCAAAAAUAAUUAGAAAUUUGUUCAGAAUCUGUUCAGUCAGAAAUCUGUCCAGGUUCAGGAUCUCAUGAAGAAAAUGUCAGUAAUUAAUUUAAAAUCCUUUUGGAAUCAACAAUCUGAAAUUGGGAAUCUGUUCAGUGUCAAUCUGUUCAGGUUUGUAGUUGAACCAUUCCCCUCAGAUCUGAUCAGUUUUCUAUCAGCCUGACUGAAAUCAUGUUGCUUUAAUAAACAAACACACAAAAGCUUUCACCAAAACAAUGUACAGCAUUUAUUUGUUCAUUUGUACAAGUCUCAUCAAUAAUUUGUAAUUCCAAAAAUAAACUUUCCCUCAGUUCAGAUGUUGAAGCAUCAAACUGUGGAUGAUCUGCAGGAUCAACUUUUCCCCUAAAAACUUUUAAAACUACAGAGAGAGAGCAUUAAACUACCGGCUACCGAACGAAGGUUAUUCUGAUCAGCUAAAGCUUAAAUCCAAGGAAAACAGGAGAACAUCGAAUCAGAGCAGGAAUCAGCGAGUCGGACGGGUCAGUUUGAGGACAGGAAGUCUGUUUUGGAGUCUCUGGUUUUAAAUGUGAAGAACGGAAGACGAUUGUUCAGCUGGCGGAGGAGGAGAAAUCCUGUCGUCUUCUGGUUCACUCUCCCUUCUUCAGUUUGAUUUUUUCUCCCCUGAAGAUGAAAACAAAAGGUUUAAAGUAGAGCCAAACCUUGUUGCUAGGAAACAGUAAAAGCAUUAAUCAUGUGACCAGUUAGAAGGAAUCAUUUAAUGAAGUCUGAAGGUGGCGAGACUUUUAUUUAUUAAAAAACGUUUUACACUUUUAAAUGUGAAGUUAGUUUGUCAUAUGAUUUAUAAGAAAUGUUUUUAAAAUAUUAUGUGACAUCCCCCCUUUAAUUAAUUUAUUUUUUAUUUAUUUUGAGCCAGGGUGAUGCUAAUGUUACUGUGUGACACUUUGUUCUGCCCCUUUCCUUUUUGCUUGUGUGUCUGUAUUAAAAUGGAAAAAUAACCAAUAAAAACAUUUUCAUAAAAACUG